GGCGGUGGCCCCGGUUAGGGGAGGUGGGUGCUGUGGCGCAGCCUCUGGUCAAGCAGGCCCCUCCCCGGUCAGCCUCGAGCCUGAGGGGAGGAGAAUUAAGGCCGCUCCACAAUGGAUGGAGAAGAAGGCGGUGCCAACCCUGUGAUUAACAAAAGGUUUGUGACUGAAGCAGAACUUGAGGAGCGGCGCAAGAGAAGACAAGAAGAAUGGGAAAAAGUUCGAAAGCCGGAAGACCCGGAAGAGUGUCCUGAGGAAGUGUAUGACCCCCGGUCGCUCUAUGAAAGACUACAGGAGCAGAAAGAUAAGAAGCAGCAGGAAUUUGAAGAACAGUUCAAAUUCAAAAAUAUGGUCAGAGGCCUCGACGAAGACGAGACCAAGUUCCUUGACGAGGUUUCUCGACAGCAAGCCCUCAUAGAAAAGCAGCGUCGAGAAGAAGAUCUGAAAGAACUGAACGAGUACAGAAGCGCUUUGUCAAAGGUCGGGGGAAGCGCUGACUUGAAAAAAGAGGCCGAGAAAAAGCUGUUGGCGAAGUCUGUGGAAAACAAGAGCAAGUUCUCUCAGGCGAAGCUGCUGGCCGGUGCCGUGAAGCACAGGAGUUCAGAAGGUGCCAACAGCAUGAAAAGACUGAAGCUCGAUCCUGAUCCCAAUCCAGACGAGACUCCAGAAAAGCCCUCUUGUAUCCCUCUGGGCGGCAGCUCUUCGAGCGAUCCUCUUGUCCACUGCCCUUCGGCCGCCGUUUGCAUCGGCAUCCUGCCCGGCCUGGGGGCCUACUCAGGAAGCAGCGACUCAGAGUCCAGCUCGGACAGCGAGGGCACCAUCAACUCGGCCGGCAAGAUCGUCUCCUCGGUGUUCCGCGGCAGCAGCAGCUUCUUCGACGGCCCGUUGUAG